ACAGCAAUUUUUGCGUUUCUGACACUUGGAAGUACGCAUCUCAUCGAUCGAUCCCACGUCAUCUUGUCACAUUUGCAUCAACUUACAGAAAAAAUUCGCGUAAUUGCGCCGGACGCAAUUCCGUUCGAGAACUUUUUACACAAAUAUUGCCCACCUUUAGUCGUCAUAAAAAUGGAGGUUCAGUCGCAUCGUACUUUUCACCUCAGCUGUCGUCGAAGUCCCGAGUUCGACAUCACAGCUUUUCAGUGACCUAGAAUGGUUUAUCUCUCGUUUUACCAGCGACUUCUGUGCACGGUAAUAUCACUAACCAUCGUCAGAGGCACCAUCUUUAAAAAAGUCAAAUUCGAAGGGGGUGACACAGUGAUUGUCCCACUAAUCCCUAUACCGUUUGGACCGCUGAUUGGCCCCUACCAUAAAGUGUUCGCCCUAUCCAGAACAGAACUGCUUCAGCUGAAUCCCUCUCGCGGCAAUAUCUGGAUGACUGAGAUUAAGAUAGUGGGUCGCAACUUUUACAAGUUCCCUGAGCGCUACCAGCCAGCCGCUGCAAUUAAGCCGGAUCCUACAAGGCAACCAAUUGGCCCAAAAGGUAUCCUUUUGGCUCGAAGAUUAGCGGGACUCCAUCUGCCUUAUCACUCGUUUACGUGUAACUGCUACCAUUACACUGAUUACUUGACCUACGGAAGGACCUUCGGCGAGAAAUGGUCCACGUAUCCCCCUAUCAGUGAUGCUUGCCCGCUCCACCUGAGGAUAAACUCCACUACUAAUGUUAUUUCCAGGAGCUUUCAGUUGGAGGACAAAAAAAAUAACAAGUUUCAGCUCAAAUCCCUCAGGUUGCAGGAUUUCCUUGCACUGAAAGAGUUUUGAAGUGAUUCGACGCAGCGCCGGAUUCAGGAUUUUUGGGCCCAGGUGCACUGUGCAGUCUGUGGUGCGACCCCCCCCCCCCCCNAAAGUUUACCUCCUCGGAGAAGGGGGAGGGGGUGACGUUCCGAACUGACCCAGCGCAGGUGAGCAGUGGGCAAUGGCGAAUCCAGAGACAGCUUGGGGUGAUGGCAUCUGAAUAUAUAG